AUGCGCACUAGCUUCUUGGACUCUGAAGACAAACAGCUCGUAGCGCUAGCGCUCGAGUAUGAAUCCACCGGCAAACGCAUUAUCUGGAAGAACCUCGCAGACAGGAGCCAAGGAGUCGUUUCAGCCGCUGACAUCCGCCAAGGGGCCGGAAAGCCGGACGAGAACGCUGGUGAGCUGCUUCCAACUGCGGUGUCAAGCGUCAUUCAGAUGAUUGGGGACAUAUCGGAGGACGACGUCUUUCUCGACGUGGAAGCGGGGCUGGGAAAUAUUGUAGCGCGGUUCACACUCCAGACCAAUGCUGGGCAGUGUCUUGGCAUCGAGAAACGAGCUGAAGUUGUACGUGGACAAGUCGCUGGUUCGGGCCAAGAGCUGCUGUCCAAGGAUUUAUCGGGCGUGGCGGCGUUUCUGGAGGUGGAUUGCGUGGUGAAGGCCGUUCCUUCUGACCCUUAA